UAUUUCGUAGUUCAUAAUGAGUGGAGAAUUGAGCGUUUCCAAUGGCUGCCACAACACACGGGGUUGGCGCUAUUUGGAUGAGUACAAUCGCUUGUGCAGCUAACGUUGUGAUGUAAACGCCGGAGUUCAUUCGUUCGCUCAUCCGCCCUGUAUAGCUAAGCACAAUAACCUGCUAAUAGAGGCUUGUAGGCUACUCUUCCCCUACCGCAGCGAAGGUUUGGCGGAAUCAUGGACUUCACCAUUCGCGCGGCUACUCUCGAGGACUGCAAAGACAUCUCACGGAUGAUCUUGGAAUUGGCCGAAUAUGAGAAGGUCUCAGAUCACGUGAAAAUUACACAGAGAGACCUGGAGCAAGAUGGGUUCUCCAAAAAUCCAUUUUUCCAUGGAAUAAUAGCAGAGGUGCCAGAGCAACACCGAAGCAAAGAUGGUCACGUUAAGGUGGGCUACUCCCUCUACUUCUAUACAUACAGCUCGUGGAAAGGGAGAGCUGUGUACAUGGAGGAUCUGUACGUGAUGCCAGAAUACAGGGGCAAAGGCAUCGGGAAGGCCCUGAUGAGUAAGGUUGCUCAGCUGGGGCUGGCAGCUGGAUGCACUCAGCUGAACUUCGCUGUCCUUGACUGGAACAAGGCGUCGCUGGACUUCUAUCUCAGCCAGGGCUGCUUCGACGUGACCGCUGACCUUGGCUAUCACUGCAUGCGCUGUGAAGGAGAGGCACUGAUGAACCUGGCACAGGGUGAUGCGUAAAAAAAAGCAACGGUGCCAUCCCAACCCACCCCAACAAACGCACACACACACACACACACACACCAUGUUUAAAGCACUUCCCAACCUUUCUGACCCCUGAAGCCCCUUUCAGUCCGUCCCCAGACAGGUGCCUGAGGUCUGAGGCACCCAUUCCUCAUAUCACUGGGAAACUUACAGCAAACAGUAUGUCAUAGUGUAGCACAUCUCUUGGCUCAUGCUUGUUUUCGUUUGUGAGAACAACAGGCUGGGAAUGGAACCAAAGACUUCCUAAAUAGCUCUUGAGAGAAACAGUCAGACAGUGUGACAGAAUUUUUUGAAAUGUUUUAGGUGUAUGAUUUGUGGAAUUUACAGAAAUUGUAAUGGGCUUCUUAUACAGCCAGAUUUGCAUCAUUAUGUGUUCAUCUCAGUGAACCGCUGUCCUGUGAAUUUUUUUGAUAUAGGCCAAUUGUAGUCAGACUGGGGUGUUAAAGGAAAACACAGAACUGCGUUUCUCGAGGUCACCGAGUACAGACGAUACGAUUAAAAUGAAAAAAAUUGGUGCUACCUAGUAGGGCUGGGCGA